GCUUGGCUAUCGACGUGUGCGGCUUUGCGAGCUGCGUACGCCACUGCUGAAGCGCACCAGCUUUCGGUAUCGCGUGCACACGUUCAGAGGGACCAACACUCUCAGUCUGCAAAGCAGCGCCGCGCGACGUUGUGUAGAUAAAACAAGAAAGCUACCAGUCAUGGCCAAGCUCCUCAUCGCGCUGCUGGCGGUAGCCACUGCCUACAACCCCAUCCGCCCCGGCCGGACCGCGACGAAGCUCCACGCCGCGACGCUCGAGCGCGAAGCCAAAGUCGCGGAAGCUGUGGAUGCCGAAGUCGACAAGUUAGUUGUUACUCCCGCGAUCGAGAAAGCCGUCACCGAAUUAGUAGACGAGGAGUGCGACGUCAUUGAGCCCGAGCCGGAAUGCUUGGACGAGGAGAAGAAGGAGGAGACCAAAGGACUACUGAGGCGGCUCAUGAGGUCGUCCGUAAGUGGCCCAACCGGCAAGUCGGCCACCGCCGCCGACAUUAUUGAUGGGGAGAUGCUCGAGAAGGGCUGGGAGAAGCGCGGUGGGCGCGGUUCUCUCAGAAGAAAUUUGGAAGUGUGGAAGGCACUCGCGCGAUGCGCGUUCAAGGUACUGAAGGCAAGAAAGGGGUCUUCGGAGGACAAGACGGCGGCGGCGACCUUCGCGCGCGAUCGGUUGUUGACGUUAGGCCCUACGUUCGUCAAACUAGGGCAAGUUUUGUCUACCAGAACGGACGUCCUGCCCGCGGAGUACAUUGAUGUGCUCAAGUCGCUGCAGGACGACGUGCCCGCCUUUUCCGGGGAGCGCGCCGCGUCCAUCGUCGCGAAGGAGCUCGGGGUGUCCUCUGUUGAUGAGGUCUUCAGCGACUUCAGCAAAGAGCCGAUCGCGGCCGCGUCGCUCGGCCAAGUCCAUCUAGGAACCCUAAAGAAGAACGGCCAGAAGGUCGCCGUCAAGGUCCAGAGAGCUGGACUCAGGGAGCUCUUCGCGACCGAUCUCAAAAACUUGAGAAAGUUGUGUGAGUUACUCGACUCCGUCGACCCUAAAUCCGACGGCGCCGACCGGUCGUACAUCGACGUGUUCGACGAGUCCGAAAAACUGCUCUACGAAGAAAUUGAUUACUUAAAUGAGGCGAAGAACGCCGACAGAUUUAGGGAGCAGUUCAAGGACGACCCCCAGGUCCGCGUGCCGGAGAUGAUCUACGAGUAUGUUAUCUGUGUCCCCAUUGCGACGCCGUCGACGCCUGCCGCGCCGCGGCGACGGCGUGGAGGUGGUGCGGAUCUCCUACCGGCACGCCAUCGCCGAGACAUCCCGCGACCGAGAGCUCAUUCUGUCACAACGCACAGGUACUCGACGCCCAAGGUCCUGACCAUGGAAUUUAUUGAAAGUUUCAAGCUCACGGACAUCGCAAGAGUGGAAAAGGAAGGCCUGGAUAGGAAGGACCUGGCGAAGCGCGUCGCUGACACGUUUCUGUACCAGAUUGUAGAUACCGCCUACUUCCACUGCGACCCGCACCCGGGCAAUUUGGCGGUCGACACGUCCGGCAACUUGGUGUAUUAUGAUUUUGGGAUGAUGGACGAACUCUCACCGAACGUCAAGGCGGGGUUCAAGGAGUUCUGCUUCGCGCUGUUUGAAGGGGGGCCCAUGAUCGAUGAUAUUCAAUUAGGAGUGAAGGCGAAGCAGUUGGUGGAUGCGGUCGAGACGGCGGGCGUGUUGGCGAAGGGCGCGGACCGAUUGUCGUCCGAGCAAUUGGCUCGGUAUUUUAUCAGAGCGUUCAAGGACAAGCAACUCGGCAAAGACAGAAGCGACGGGCCCGGCAUCAAGUCGACGCUGGGCACGGAGUUGCAAUCCUUGACCGAAAGCCAGGUGUUUAGAUUCCCCUCAACCUUCACAUUUAUCUUCCGAGCUAUUGCGUCGAUCGACGGCAUCGGCAAGGGCCUGGACGAGGACUAUGAUCUCGGUGAAUUCGCGCAGCCCUUCGUGACGAAACUUAUUGAUAAAGUCAAGUACGGCGGCGACAAUUCGAAGAAGUCCCUUGCGGUCUUCGGGAAAGCGACUGGGCUCAAUGCGGAAGAUGUCAAUACGGCACUCACCCAACCUAGGAAGAUCGCUUACUUGGAGGAAACUAUGAGAAGUAUAGAGCAGGGCCAGCUGAAGAUAAGGGUGCGUUCGCUGGAAAACGAGAUGGCGUUGACUCGUUUGGGUACGCAGUCGUCGGGCAUGACGAAUCUCCUGCUGUCGUCGUUGGUGCUGAACGUGGCUUCUGUGGCGAAAUUGGCGCGCAUUCCUCAGCUUGGGCUCUUUGGUGUUGCUGGGUUGUUAGGCUUCUCCGGGCUUUCCAGUCUUCUGAAGCUGUCGGCGCUGGACAAGAAGGCGGCGAAGUACACGUCGAAGGAGUUCAAUUCCUAAGUUGAUUGAAAUUC